AUGGAUCGAUAUGAUGCUGCCCGGCGAAGGCAGGUCCGCCCUGGGAGAUCAGCAUUAGGCUACUGGCUGCCUCUGGUCGUCACGGUGACUAUCGCGACCGCUGGUCUAGCCGCCUGGAUCUGGAGCGAGCGUCAACAAGGCGACGACGAUGAUGAUAACGACAAUCAUGAAGACGACAAAUAUGACCAUCCCCUGGACUAUCCCGAAGAUAUACCACACGCCCAUGAUCAGCCCCAUGGAUCCCAGGAUCAAGGCUUCUUAGCACGCAUGACUGGCCGCACUCCCUCACCCCAGCAAUUCUUCGACAGUGCUGGACAACGUUUACGCUCGGCCGUCGGUCUCUCUGGUCCCAAUGCUACAGACGGACAGCAAGAAACUGCCGAUCCUGCCUUCUCCGACAACGAACACUGGAACGAAGAAGCAGAAACCAAGCGUUCGCAAAGACCUGCCUCGUCGCAUCCGGCAGCCAACAAGCCUAAGAGAUCAGUCGUUGUCGUCCUGAACGGAGAAGACCAGGGCUACGAAUCCACACACUAUACCGAGCAUGCUGUGACACUCACGAACCUCUUCAUACUGAUCUACGCUCCCGAUCAAUCUUCUCUCCCCGACCUUCCAACAUCUACAUCCGCAUCAACCACCCUCUCAUCCUCAUAUGCAUCCGUCUCAUACCCUGCAUCGUCUCCGAAGACGUUGUUUGACUCUCUCUGGCAAAAGUCGCUGUCUCUGGUAGACAAGCCUUCACAAGUCAUGCCUUUCUCAACUCCUACAGGCUACAUCCACAUCUUACGCCAUCUUUCGCCCUCGCUGGUCUACCUACCUGACAACCCCUCUCUGUCCGGCCACAAUGGCGAACAUGUCCAACAGCUCAAAGGCUGGGUCGGCCAAACAAUCCUCGUAGUCGGCGAUGAUGGUGCUGGCGGCUUGAUCGAUACCGAAACAGAGACCGAGGACGAAGCUUCGCGAAGAGGCAAAGCGAGAGAGGACAGAAGCGACAAGUGGUGGGAAACCUCGGAUCUAGUUGGUCUUGGAAAAGACGUCGAAGUCGUCGAUAUAGAACGUAUGGGUGAAGACUGGUCGAGAAGAGUUGCCUUCAACUAG